CACAGGGAGAUAUUUAUCAGCGGGAAGGUGGAGCACGCUUGUCAUUCCUUCAGUCACUUGCUACUCAUGUUGUCAGACCAUGGACUGCAUGCAGCAGACAACACACAACAUCAGUGGCACUGACCAUGGCCAUUGCCACCUGAAGUUGGUCAACUUUAAAGUUCAUGACAACCACACUUCCCAUGAGACACAGGGGCUUAGUGAAAAACAGCUGGUGGUGCGACGAGGGAAACCCUUCAAACUCUCUCUGCUGUUUUGUGGCCGGUUGUGGAAUCCUCACACCGAGCGCCUUGUCCUGGAGGUUUGGCUAGGCAGUCUGUCAGAGAGGAUCCCAGUCCAGUUCGGUAACAAGUGGUCCGACCUCCAACACUGGUCAGCCACAAUCUACCCAGACGACUGUGCAUCUAAGUCAGUCACCGUCCACAUCUGUUCUCCUGUCUUAUCUUCUGUGGCUGUAUACAAUCUCCUGGUCCACAUAGAGACCAAAUACAACAGAAAGAGCUACGCAGUUGGAUCAUUUGUGCUUCUCUGCAACCCUUGGCUGAAAGAUGAUCCAGUCUACAUGCCACUGGAUGCUCAAAUACAAGAGUAUAUAAAGAGUGAUUAUGGGUUGGUGUUCAUGGGCACUAAUCUAAACGUCAGGAGUCGUCCCUGGUCGUAUGGUCAGUAUGAGCCUGGGGUCCUAGAGGCAUGUCUGAGGCUCCUGCAGGUCAGCCCACAGCACCUCAGUGACAAAGACAAAGACUACAUUCGACGAGCAGACCCUGUCUAUCUGAGCAGGGUGGUCUGUGCUAUGGUGAACUGUAAUGAUGACCUGGGUAUACUGGAGGGGAAGUGGCAGGGCAGCUACAAAGAUGGUGUGAAGCCUACAGAUUGGAGCAGCAGUGCUGACAUCCUUCACCACUGGGUCUCAUCCAACUAUAGCCCUGUACGCUAUGGACAGUGCUGGGUAUUUGCAUCCGUCCUCUGCACAGUGAUGAGAGUGCUGGGGAUUCCCUCCAGGGUUGUGACAGUUUUUAAUGCAGCCCAUGAUGGUAAUGCCAACCAAAAAAUUGAAGAGUUUUACUCGAGCACAGGGGAGAAGCUCAACCUGUCGAAGGACAGCAUUUGGAACUUCCAUGUGUGGGUGGAGUGCUGGAUGAGAAGACUAGACCUCGGUGCAGAGUUUGACGGCUGGCAGAUAGUGGACCCAACACCCCAGGAGAAGAGUGCUGGGAUAUUCUGCUGUGGCCCUUGCCCAGUAGGUGCCGUCCAGCAACGCUGCCUUGGUGUCCCAUAUGAUACCCCGUUUCUCUAUGCCUCUGUUGAUGCUGACAUCGUACAGUUAAUUGUGCGUGACGGCCUGGUGGUGGGGAGAAGGAUGGAUACUGAGUCUGUGGGGCAGCUGAUCUACACCAAAAGCAUUGGCUCAGACAGUCCAGAGAAUUUGACAUCCACUUAUAAGAGGAGGCACCAGGUAGUCCAAUACAGAGAACAGCCUCACGCAAUGCUUUUACACUCUUCUAAUAUGCAGUCCUACACAGUUACACUUGAAGGUGCUGAAGUUUCAUCUCCAGAAGGAAUGUCACCCGGCUUAGAGGUGUCCCUAAGCAUCAAUGGGGUGCCAACAGUGGGUGAGAGCAUUUCCAUGAGUGUGACUGUCACAAAUCAGUCAAGCAACCCCAGGGUCCUGAUGGAAUACCUCAAUGCCCAGCUGAAAGAGUACAACAGUGACCCACAGAAGAGCUUCUGGAAAACACACAGAGAGGUGCACAUACAGCCGCAUGAAGUUUUGACACUCAAGCACACCAUCCCUCCCUCUGACUAUGAGUCAGUCAUGGCAGAUGAUGACAUUGUGAAUCUUGCUGUGGUGAUAAAGGACGUGAGGACUGAAGAAAGAGUCCUGGAUACAAAGGAUUUCAACAUUAGCUCACCACAGAUAACCAUAGAGAUCGAAGGAGGGGACAGCAUCCAGAUGAAGAAGGAGCACACAGUCCAGGUGUCCUUCACCAACAACUUCACCAAAACUCUGAGUGGAGCUGUGCUCACUGUGGAAGGAUCUGGCUUGUUAAAGGGCAAACAAGAGGUUAGGCUGCCUCUUCUACAGCCAGGUAAGAAGAUAGAGAAGAGGAUGUCUAUCAUGGCCACCUCACCUGGCACCAAAGUGCUUAUGGCCACAUUCUCACACAGCAACAGCCCCACUGUCAUUUCCAGGAGCCUCCAUAAAGUCUCUGUCGUGGCUGCAUAAUAGGGGGCAGUCUGUCCUCUAGCUUCGCUUACCUACCACUACCUUCUGAGUACAGCUAGACCAAUAACACACAUUCAUUUCUUCACACUGGGACAUAUUAAAGGUGUUUUUGUUUUUUUUUAAGUAAUUACUGUAUUGUAUUUUUAUUUUCUGUGAAUACAUUAAACUAAUAUAUUUGCAUCAGUGGAUAGUAAUCAGUCACUGAGGACUAAAAUAAUACAAUGCAACACUGAAAUAUGCUAAAUUUAAAUAGAAAUAAUGUCAUAAUAGGCCCUUCUGUAGGUGCAGAGGUAUCAAACAGAUUUCAGGUGUAUGACGCUGAACCAGUAAGUCACACCUAUAAAUAUUUCUACAAUCAAGUGGAUAAGUGUACACCUCAAGAUAGAGUCAAGAUAAUAGAUAUUUAGAUAGCAGACAUUUUGGCACAUCAUAGCAGUUGCCUUAUUGAGUUCCAAGUCCCUGGUAUUGUGUGUGCUGGCUUCUUGCGACCCUCCCAUUCACAACACUUGUUUCACUGUGGUUUUCCUGGUUUGACAAGUCAAAUUACCUCAUGUCACAGCGUUGCAAACAAACAUGGUAUAUACACACAGGGAAUGAGCAAGAACCAAAAGCAACAUUCAACAUUUUCAACAUUUUCAACAUUUUCAUUUUUUUCUCACUGAUGCAGUAAGAUGAGGUUGAAAGUUCUGGAAAAGGUAUGUGGACCUUGCAUUUACAGUUAUUUUUGUCAAAUUAUUGGUUGGUAGUAGUCACAUCUCUGGGUGAAACUAAAGGCAAAGUCUGAUUUCUUUCUGAUGUAAUCAACAAGAGGUUUUAAUGGUAGCAGAUCACUGUAUAUGCCUUCAUAAUGAUUGCUUAUAUAAGAAUACACUCUGUUUUUCUAUUUUAUUUUAUUCUAAAAGUUAAAAAAAGAAAACUGUCUGCAGACUCUUGUAAAUCUUCCAAGUGAUGUUUUCUGCCCUGCAGUGAGCCACAUCACAGUUACCUUUGACUUACUGCUUAUCUGGUUAGUGAGUUGACACCAGGGCCAGACUGGAAAAGAAAUUAAGUCCACUGCUUAUCCCCUGAGACUUGCCCAGGAAUUAUUCUGACAACUGAGAAUGAAAACGGUCACAAAUCUGUUAUAAAUAUAAUGAUAAAUAAAAUGUAUUUUUAUAUGUA